UCGCGGGGCUUUUCUGUCUCGCGAGGGAGGUGCUGCCCCGUGGAGGCUCCGCGGGCGGGGGCGGUUCCCGUGGCCCGUGCCGUAGGCCUGGGGACGAAAAGGGAGGCAAGACGAGAGGAGGUGGCGGGGGGGGGCUUCCCGGAGCCGGAGACGCAGCUCCCUCAGGCGUCCCAGCGGCUCCGGCGCCUGCGGGGAGGCCGGCCCGGCCCCAGGGGCUGCUCGGCGGGCCCGGCCAGUCGGCUGGAAGCGGCAGGACUGUUUUUCUGAGGAGGGACUGACGUUGAAAUCGAAUUUCAUUCUGCCCAGCUGGAGAACGGAGACAGUGAAGCCCGCAGAGCCAGGAGAAAUGACCGCAAAAUCAGCAUCUUUCUAGAAGAGUUCCGAAAAAAAAUGUAUCAAAACAAAUUUUUAAAGAUGUCCUUCAACCUAGUUCCUUUCAGAUGAAUUUAAAAGGAGUAGGAGAGGUUGUGCCACCCAGCAUGGAAGUGUGUCCGUACUGUAGGAAGCCAUUUAAACGGUUAAAGUCCCACUUGCCACACUGCAAGGUGACAAGAGGAGCUGUGCCUGCUCAUCAAGAAGUUGGUCCGUCCAACUCUCAUCAAGAAGUUGGUCCGUCCAAGCCGGCUGCACUUCCACGUGCUAGAGCAAUCAAAGGGCCAAUCAGAGACUCAGUUAAAGCAAAAGAGAAAGGGUUAGGGACAGACAGUAAGGCAAGAAAUCCUGCACUGAAAGAGGAUAAAUCAAAACGGACGGUGAAGCCCUCUCCACCACUAGCUGUUGGUCUGGGAAAAGCAAGUAAUACAAAGGCCAAUAAAGACAUCAAGAGUCAAAUUCAGUCCUCCAUCGAAAUGUUAAAAAAUACUGAACCAAAGAUUGCUUUCCUGGGAGAAACUACAGCUCAGUUUUCUGCAUCAGAAAACACCACUCCUAAAAAAGAGCUUGCCAACGACUUGUCUAAAUCAGGGGAAAGUAGAAAUAACCCUUCAGAAACUGAAGCGUCUUUACCUCUUGGCCCAAUGGGACCUUCUCUGUCAGAUCAAGAUAGGAAAUACUCUUCAGCCUUCCCUAAUGACAUACAAGCCACUCCUGCUGAUUUAAGGUUAGACAGAAUGGAUGCCCCAAGACAGAACCUUCUCAUAAAAUUCCUAGAUAUGCGUCUUGGUGAUGAUCACAGUUCUCCCACAAGUCUCACUUACGGGGUUAAAAGGUUAAACAUGUCAAAUAGGGUAAGCAUGUCAUCAUCAAGCAGUGAGAGAGAUUCCAAGGCUAAGGAUCACCUCUUAGCCUCUACUGAUCUUAGAGACUUAAAGACUCGGGAAAAGAACACAGAAUCACAGAUUGCAGCUUUUGAAUUUAGCCCAGUAGGUAAAAUCCAGGUCAAGGAGAACCACAGUAAAGGACUUGACCUUGGAGCAGAGGCAUGUGGGAGCCAAGGAAAUUCAGAGAAAAGUGCAUUUGUGACAGAAAUGCAGGAAUGGGCUGCCCUGGGUGAUGAUUCAGUCACGGAAAGGACAUCUCGAGGUGAAGGUCCCGACUUAAACUUGCUCAUGCCAGUGGGGGCGACUUGCAGUGAGCUGCUCGCUGUGUCACAGUCACGUAAUCAAAGUCUCACCCCUCUGGCUAUAAAGUUUCUCCAAGAAGAGAAGGCAGAAGCCUGCAGCCAUGAUCGAGUCCCUGCUGUGAAGGCACUGAUGGAGGGUGAGGAACGAGCUCCUCUGACACCCAAGUCGGGCUGUCACCGGCCAGCCUCGCACCCCGGGGGCCGGCUUUCGGCACGUGCGAGCUUGCAGCACGCUCCUCAGAGCCCCUUCACCCGUCAAGUCGGCACCGCCGAACGGAAGACCCUGUCGAGCGCGCUGGGGCUGGAGUGGUUUCCAGAGCUCUAUCCAGGUUAUCUUGGACUUGGGGUGUUGCCGGGGAAGCCUCGGCAUUGGGGCGCACUGGCCCAGAAGCCCAUGUUCGUCAGUCCCUGGGAGGAAGGAGUCUCACAAGUUCCUUUGUUGGAAAGAAGUUCGACAGCGGUAAGGAGUUUGGAAGCCCCGGCCAGCCUCACAACCUCCAGCUUGUCUCUAAGGAGGCUCUUGGGAGCUGUCCAAACAGGUUGGAUCAGGUGCCGCACCACUAUGCGGAGCGGCGUGGGCAGCAUCACGAUGCUCUUCAUGGGGUGCUUCGUCCUUUGUGGCAGCUGGAGCUUCAAGCAUCUGAAAAGUGUGCUGACCCCUGCCCCAGACGAACAGGACACCUCACAGCCUCCCGUGUCGGAGGGAUGAAGAGGACUGGGGAGCUCCACUCCAAAGCGUUUGGGGUUAGAAAACACAUUUCAGGAGGAGAAUCCUUUCUGGACUCAGUUUCUUAGCGCCUGAGUGUUGCGCCUCAGCCACCUGCAACACGUAAGUGCAAUGGUGGUGGCAGGAGUAAGCCCAUAGUCCCCCAGGAUUUCUGUCAAGACCAUCUUUCUCACUACUGUAAAUAAGCCAGUGCCACUGGUCAUAAUCAGAAUGCUAAAACGUCAUGAAAGGGCUUAACUCUGUUAUAUCACGAUCAUUAUUUUACAUCCCUGAAAAUAAGUUCCUUAAUGAGAAGAACAAACUACGUAAUGAUCCAUCAGUCCUGAAGGGAUAUCUGCCUCAUGUUGCCAAGUCUAAGACAAAGGCGGGAUCCUGCAUUAAUAGGAGGGUUUUUCGUUUGAUGUGGUCAGUACCAAGAAUCCUAGUUCACAUGCAGUGGGAAAGAGCAAAAACUCUUAACUGAUUUCUUUGAAUUUGAUACUUUUUUUUAUUGAAGUAUAGUUGAUUUACAAUGUUGUGUUAGUUUCAGGUGUACAGCAGAGUGAUUCAGUUAUACAUAUAUCUCUAUUCUUUUUCAGAUUCUUUUCCCUUAUAGGUUAUUAUUACAAAAUUUCGAGUAGAGUUCCCUGUGCUUUAUAUAGUAGGACCUUGUUGUUACCUGUUUUAUAUAUAGUAACGUGUGUACUUUACCCCUCCUUCUCCUUUUCCCCUUGGGUAACGAUAAAUUUGUUUUCUAUGUUUGUAGAUCUAUUUCUGUUUCAUAUAUACGUUCAUUUGUAUCAUUUUUGUUGUUGUUUUUAGAUUUCACAUGUAAGUGAUAUCAUAUGAUAUUUGUCUUUCUCUGCCUGGCUUCAUUUAGUAUGAUAAUCUCAAGGUCCAUCCAAGUUGCUGCAGAUAGUAUAAUAAUCUCAGGGUCCAUCCAAGUUGCUGCAAAUAGUUAUUUCAUUCUUUUUUAUGGCUGAGUAAUAGUCCAUUGUAUUUCUGUACCACAUCUUCUUUAUCUGUUAUCUGUCCAUGGACAUUUAGGUUGCUUCCAUAUCCUGGCUAUUGUAAAUAGUGCUGCUGGGGACAUUCUAGGUUGAGCAGUGGUUAAGAAUCCGCUUGCCAGUGCAGGGGACACAGGUUCCAGCCCUGGUCUGGGAAGAUCCCACAUGAUGCAGAGCAACUAAGCCCGUGUGCCACAACUGUUGAGCUUGUGCUCUAAAGCCUGUGAGCCACAACUAUUGAGUCCAUGUGCCGCAACUACUGAAGCCUAUGCACAUAGAGUCCAUGCUACACAAUGAGAAGCCACCACAAUGUGAAGUCCAUGCACCACAGUGAAGAGUAGCCCCCGCUCGCCUCAACUAGGGAGAGCCCGUGUGCAGCAACGACCCAAUGCAGCCAGUAAACAGAUAAAUUUAUUUUUCAAAAAAAUAGUGCUGCUGUGAACAUUGGGGUGCAGGUAUCUUUUUGAAUUAUGAUUUUCUCCAGAUAUAUGCCCAGGAGUGAGAUUGCAGGAUCAUAUAUAUAUGAUGGCUCUAUUUUUAGUUUUUUAAGGAACUUCCAUACUGUUCUCCAUAGUGGCUGCAUCAGUUUACGUUCCCACCAACAGUGUAAGAGGUUUCCCUUUUUUCCACACCCUCUCGAGCAUUUAUUUAUUUAAAAAAUACAAUUUAAAAAUUCUUUUCAUUUAUUUUUUAGUCAGCAUCAUAAUCAAUUCACACAUUACUUUAUCAGUACUUUUUCUUUUUUUUUUUUUAAUUUUUUUGGCUGCUUCAUGUGGCUUGUGGGAUCUUAGUUCCCUGACCAGGGAUCAAACCCAGGCCCCCUGCAGUGGAAGAGUAGAGUCCUAACCACUGGACUGCCAGGGGAUUCCCUCCAGCAUUUAUUAUUUGCAGACUUUUUGAUGAUGGCCAUUCUGACUGGUAUGACGUGAUACUUCAUUGCAGUUUUGAUUUGCGUUUCUGUAAUGAUUAGCAAUGUUUGAGCAUUUUUUCAUGUGCCUGUCAGCCAUCUGUAUGCCUUCUUUGAAGAAAUGUCCAUUUAGAUCUGCCCAUUUUUUGAUUGAGUUGUUUGUUUCAGGGAUAUUGAGCUGUUUGUAUAUUUUGGAGAUUAAUCCCUUGCUGGUCACAUCAUUUACAAAUAUUUUUUCCCAUUCUGUACGUUGACUUGUUUAUGGUUUCCUUGGCUGUGCAAAACCUUUCAAGUUUAAUUAGGUCCAAUUUGCUUAUUUUUGUUUUUAUUUCCAUUAUUCUAGGAGACAGGUCCAAAAAAUAUUGCUGUGAUUUAUAUUGAAGUGUUCUUCCUAUGUUUUCCUCUAGGAGUUUUGUAGUAUCUGGUCUUCAUUUAGGUCUUUAAUCGAUUUUGAGUUUAUUUUUGUGUAUGGUGUUAGAGAAUGGUCUAAUUUCAUUCUUUUACAUGUAGCUGUCCAGUUUUCGCAGCACUACGUAGUGAAAAGAGACUGUCUUUUUUCUCCAUCGUAUAUUCUUGCUGCCUUUGUUAUAGGUUAAUUGACCAUAGGUGCGUGGGUUUAUUUCUGGGCUUUCUAUCCUGUUCCAUUGAUCUGUAUUUCUGUUUUUGUGCCAGUACCAUACUGUUUUGAUGACUGUAGCUUUAUAGUAUAGUCUGAAGUCAGGGAACCUGAUUCCUCCAGCUCCAUUUUUCUUUCUCAAGAUUGCUUUGGCUAUUUGGGGUUUUUUUGUUUCCAUACAAAUUUAAAAAUUUUUUGUUCUGGAUCUGUGAAAUAUGCCAUUGGUAAUUUGUUAGGGAUUGUUUGAAUCUGUAGAUUGCCUUGGGUAGUAAUUUUGACAAUAUUGAUUCUUCCAGUCCAAGAACACAGGAUAUGCUUUCCAUCAGUUUGUGUCAUCUUCAGUUGCUUUCAUCAGCAUCUUACAGUUUUCAGAGUACAGGUCUUUUGCCUCCUUAGGUAGGUUUAUUCCUGGGUAUAAUCUGAUGUGAUAGUAAGUGGGAUUGUUUCUUUAAUUUCUCUUUCUGAUCUUUCAUUGUUAGUGUUUAGAAAUGCAACAGAUUUCUGUGUAUUAAUUUUGUAUCCUGCAACUUCACCGAAUUCAUUCAUGAGCUCUAGUAGUUUUUUGUUAGCAUCUUUAGGAUUUUCUGUGUAUAGUAUCAUGUCAUCUGCAAACAAUGACAGUUUUACUUCUUUUCCAAUUUGGAUUUCUUUUAUUUCUUUUUCUCCUCUGAUUGCUGUGGCUAGGACUUCCAAACCUCUGUUGUUGUGCCAAGAGUGGACAGCCUUAUCUUGUUGACCUCAGAGGAAAUGCUCUCACCUUUUCACCAUUGAGUAUGAUGUUAGCUGUGGGCUUGUCAUAAAUGGCCUUUGUUUUCGUGAGGUAGGUUCCCUCUAUACCCACUUUCUAGAGAGUUUUUAUCAUAAAUGGAUGUUGAAUUUUAUCAAAAGCUUUUUCUGCAUCUGUUGGGAUGAUCAUAUGAUUUUUAUUCUAAUUUGUUAACGUGGUAUAUCACUGAUUAAUUUGCAGAUAUUGAAAAAAUCCUUGCAUCCCUGGGAUAAAUCCCACUUGGUCAUGGUGUAUGAUCCUUUUAAUGUACUUUUGGAUUCAGUUUGCUAAUAUUUUGUUGAGGAUUUUUGCAUUCAUGUUCAUCAGUGGCCUCUCAUUUUCUUUUAUUUGUGUUAUAUUUGUCUGGUUUUGGUAACAGGGUGACAGUGGCCUCAUAGAAUGAGUUCAGAAGUGUUCCUUCCUCUGCAAUUGUUUGGAAUCGUCCAGAAGGAUAGAUGUUAACUCUUUAAAUAUUUGCUAGCAUUCACCUUGUGAAGCCAUCUGGUCCUGGACUUUUCUUUGUUGGGAGUUUUUUAAUCACAGAUUCAAUUUCAGUACUUGUAGUUGGCCUGUUCAUAUUUGGUUUCUUCCUGGUUCAUUCCUAAGAGACUGUAGCUAAGAAUUUGUCCAGUUCUUCUAAGUUGUCCAUUUUAUUAGUAUAUGGUUGCUUUUAGUAGUCUCCAGUGGUCCUCUAUUUUUCUUCUCUGAUAUUUAUGAUUUCCUUCCUUCUACCAACUUUGGAUUUUGUUUGUUCUUUAGUUGCUUUAGGUGUAAGGUUAGGUUAUUUGAGAUUCUUGUUUCCUGAGGUAAGCUUGUAUCACUAUAAACUUCCCUCUUAGAAGAGUUUUAGCUGCAUCCCCAUAAGUUUUGGAUCCUUGUGUUUUAGAUUUCAUUUGUCUCUGGGUAUUUUUUGAUUUCCUCUGAUUUCCUCAGUGAUCCAUUGGUUGUUUAGAAGCAUACUGUUUAGCCUCUGUGAGUUUGUGUUUCCUGCUGAGAGUAGUUUCUUUAACGUUUGUUGUAAAGCUGGUUUGGUGAUGUGAAUUCUUUUAGCUUUUGCUUGUCUGUGAGGCUUUUGAUUUCUCCUUUAAAUCUGAAUGAGAACCUUGCUGGGUAGAGUAAUCUUGUUUAUAGGUUUUUCCCUUUCAUCACUUUAUAUUGUGCUACUCCCUUCUGGCCUGUAGAGUUUCUGCUGAAAAAUCAGCUGAUAACCUUAUGGGAAUUUCCUUGUUGCCUUUAAUAUUUUCUCUUAAUCUUUAAUUUCUGUCAAUUUUGUUACUAUACAUCUUGGCACGUUCCUCCUUUGGUUUAUCCUGUGUAGGAUUCUGUGCUUCCUGGACUUGGGUGACUGUUUCCUUUCCCAUGUUAGGGAAAUUUUCAGCUAUUCUCUCUUCAGAUCUUUUCUCAGGCCCUUUCUUCUCCUUCUGGGAUCCCUAUAGUUGUGAAUGUUGGUGCAUUUGAUGUUUUCCCAGAGGUCUCUUCAACUGUCCUCAUUUCUUUUCAUUCUUUAUUCUGCUGGAGAUCACUACCACAGAACAUUGUCUUCCAGCUCACUUAUUCUUCUGCUUCAUUUGUUUUGCUGUUGAGUCCUUCUAGUGUAUUUUUCAUUUCAGUUAUCCUACUCUUCAACUCUGUUUGGUUGUCCUUUAUAUUUUCUAACUCUGUUAAAAACUUACUGUAGCUUCUCACUAUGUGCUUCCAUUCUUUUCCCAGGUUCUUUUCCUCCAUUCCCCAGGCUGCGAGAUUGUAGUUUUCUUGCUUCUGGUGUCUGCCCCCAGCAGGUGAGGCUGGUCUGGAGGUUCGUGCAGGCUUCCUGGUGGGAGGGGCCCGUGUCUGCCCACUGGUGGGUGAGGCGGACCCUCUGGAGGGCAGGGCUGUGUCAAGGGGCAUGUUUAGAGGUUUCUGUGGGCUCAGGAAGUUUUUAGGCAGCCUUGUCUGCUCAUGGGUGGGGCCGUGUUCCCUCCCGGUUAGCUGGUUGGCCCGAGGGUCCCAGCACUGGAGCGUGGCGAGUGGAGGGGGGUGUGGACGUUGGUGCUAAUGACCCAGGAGGUCUGCCUCCAGCCAGGGUUCAGGUGGCUGAGCACCCCUCCACGUUUCCACCACCAUGUACGACCCCAGAGAGCCACAGCUCCCCCCUCCCCUGAAGACUCACCAAGGCCAGCAGGUGGGUCUGGCCCAGGCCCCUGUGGAGGCACUGCUUGGCCCUGGGUCCUGGUGCGCACGAGACCUUGUGUGUGUGGACUCCCUGUUCCCCCACUCCUGUGGAGCUCCUGCCAUCAAACCCCGCCAGCCUUCAGAGCCACAUGCUCUGGGGGCUCCUCCUCCUGAUGGCAGACGCCCAGGCUGGGGAGCCUGAUGUGGACUCAGAACUCUCACUCCUGUGGGAGAAAGUCUGUGAUAAAAUUAUUCUCCAGUUUGUGGGUCCCCCUCCCGGGUGGUGUGGGAUUUGAUUAUAUCGCAGGUGCACCCCUCCUACCAUCUCACUGUGCUUUCUCCUUUGUCUUUGGUUGUAGAGUCUUUUUUUGGUAGGUUCCAGACGUUUUUUAUUGAUGAUUGUUCAGCAGUUAGUUGUGGUUUUGGUGCUCUCGUGACAGGAGGUGAGCUUGAGUCCUGCUACUCCGCUGUUCUGUCUCCAGUCUGAGUGUUUUUCUGCCCCUGGUAAAGCCGUCAGGAUGAAGUGACCAAGUUUACCAGGGCCUUGAUCUCCGACAUCUCACAGUGUGUUUCUGCUCCAAGCUAAAGUAGCGUUUUCGGUUGUAGGUACCAAUAUAUUUAACAUCACCUAAGGAACUCUUUAGUGUCUGUUGUGGAAUGUACUUAAUUCUCUCUUUUCUGGGCUUCCAGUGCAAAUGUCAGUGUAAACUGUGUGACCUUGAGCAAGUGACUUAACCUCUCUGUGCCUCAGUUUCCUCAUCUGGUGUUUGGCAGAGAUGCUUUGCAGCUGUACGUUGAGAGAGACAGCGGUCGGCAGCCCCAGGCCAGCUCCACCUUCACCCCAGGAACAGAUGAGUCAAGCAUUGAUUCUUAAAAUGAUGUGGGUGACUUUGAAAAAGCAUCCAGAGCUUCUCCAGAAUCUGGACUUAUUUAGUUGUGUCCACAGAGGAACAGGGAAAGGGUUCCCUAUCUACUCACUGCUGCCAAUGAAAUCCUUGAAGACCCUUUAAUCAAAUCUUUUAAAGAUUUCUUCAUAAUGUUCAAAAUAAUUUGAGAGUUGAGGUCCGCUGAUAAGCGGUUGAUUCUUUUCCUAAAUUCAGAUCUAAACAAACGCAGUGUGAUUCAGGGAUGUGCCUCUUGGCCCCAGUGUGCAAGAUGGUAAUCUUGCCUUAGGAGGAUGCCUUUGUUGUUCAUACUACAAGAUAAGUUCUUUUGCACAGCCAGUCCCAGCCAUGUACGGGAUCCGGCAGCUUCCACGCCUCCUCACAAAGUCUAGAGCUUCUUUUCAAAACUGGGGCUGUCGGUGACUGAGACUCUGCUCCGUGCAAAGCCAGGUGCUUCAGACUCAUCUCUUAAAGCAGGAGAAGAGUCUGGAAUGCUCUUAACGUGGUGUUCCAUUGGGAACAGCCUCCUAAAUUCUGUCUCUCAUAACCACGCUGCACAUCUUCCCCGGCCUCAGGGGCAUCUCCCUGGGUAAGCAGCAACGCGUAGGUUCUGCUUCCAGGGCAGCUGCGUGACCCUCCAGGCAGGGCUUCCAGCAACAUGCACGGAAGCGCAGCCUGAGAAUCCACCUCCACCCUCCCGUCCACCCCACAGACAGGUUAACAGCUGUACCCAGGCUCCGCUCCUGGAGGAUGUAGAGGCGGGAAACGCCCACAGGCCCAGGGUGUGACUCAGCCGCUCCAUGUGGGGUGGGGCGUCCCUGCUGCCUGAGGGAGGCUAAGUCUGCCUUUACUGGGGAAAGUAUAUUUUUUCCAUGUAUAUUAACACAUUCAGCUAUUAAGAAUAAAGUCAUUUUGUUGUAUUAUCAGUGUAGUGUUUUAUACUUUACGGGAAGCCCUACCUGCUGCCAGUAUUUCUUUCAGUUCUUUUUUUCCUAAUUUACAAUUAUCCUAAUUACUCAGUACCCACCCCCCCCCCACACACACACGUAUUACUGCUACCACUCUUCAUAAC